AUGAUACAUUGGCACUUCAUUCCGCCUCGUGCCCCUAAUUUUGUAGGUCUCUGGGAAGCUGCGGUAAAAAGCGCUAAACAUCACAUUAAGAGAAUUGUAGGUGAUGCUCACCUAACGUUCGAAGAAUUGUACACAGUAAUCACACAAAUUGAAGCGAUUAUGAAUUCUCGACCGUUAAUACCUAUGUCCAAUGAUCCUAAUGAUAUGGAUGUUCUAACGCCCGGACAUUUUCUGAUCGGUGAGCCACUCACAACGGUACCACAAUCAUCCGUUGUAGAAUUGCCUACUAAUCGAUUAAAUCAAUAUCAACGUUUGCAACAGCUCAUACAGCAUUUUUGGUCCCGAUGA